UCUUUCUUUUUUGUUUUGUUUUCCUCCCUCUCCCGGAAUGGCAAUCCCAGCAGUCCAACUCCUGUGCCUGGAGCAACUGGGUGCUGGAGAAAAAUGAAUCUUCAUUUACCAUCUGCACCGCUGAAGAGGUUAUCUCCAGACCCAUUCCCGAACCAGAGACCAGCCAGCCGCCAUCCCGCUGCACGGAGUGAAAGCCAGAGCCCACUGCAGAGCCUGAGUGAAUCACUGUCAGAGAGCAAAGACGAGAGCGCGACUGACCAGGUGUGUGAGCCAGCAACACCGUGCGUCGUGGGAGUAUUGGUCGAGAUCGAGGGCAUGGAGGAAAGCCCUGCCCACACUCCUGCGACUGAGGCCUCCCUCUCCCACCUCAUCCUAGACCAGUCAGUUCCUCUGCUCCAUUUCCGCUGGUUCUGCCCAGCCCUGAAUCUCCGGUUUCUCCGCUGGCUCGGUCCAGCCCUGGUCCUCCUGUGUGUCCUCCCGGCCUCCCUCUCUCAUCUCCUCCUAGACCAGCCAGUUCCUCGACCUCAUCUCCGCUGGUGCCAGUCAGUCCCACGCGAUGGUUCACCGCAGGACUUCCAGUCUCCAGCUCCGCCUUGGUGUGUGGAUUCCCUGUCUCCACCUCCAGCCUCCGAGCCCUGGACUCCACCUUGGUCCUUCGACCCUGCGGCUCCGCCUUGGCACCCUGCUCCCUCGUCUUCACUGUGGCCCGUCAUCCCACCUGUUCCACCGGGCUCCCUCUUCCCUCCGGCUCCACCUUGGUCACACGUCGACCAUCCGCCACCUCGGGACUCCACUCCUAUGGCUUCACCUCAUCAUUCCAUCCCUCUAGCUCUGUCCGGCUCCACCUCCGUCCUCAGUCGCUCCGACUCUGCAGCGGGCUUCCGGAGCCCCGCCUCUACCUUGGUCGCCAGUGCCUUCAGCUCUGCCUUGGACCUCUGGACCCUCUGCGUCACCCUGGCUCUGUGGCUGCUCUGCUCCAUCUUAGGCUCUUCACCCACCGGCGCAGUCUCUGUCAGUCAGCCCUCUGGUGUCAUUGGCUCCUUCAUCACCAUGGCUCCUCCCGCAGUCGACUCCACAGUGGAUCAUCCUGGCUGGUCUCUGGAGCACCAUCUGUUUUUUACUGCUCCGGGCUCCUCCCUCCUACUCCACCCUGGGUCCUCUCCAAUUCCCUGCCCCACGCCUGCCUCCAGAACCCCCACCCUCCCUCCUCAGGCUUUGUGAUUUAUUUCUAUGACUGCUGAGAUGAAGAAACUACUGUACUGCAAACCAAAUUAAGAACUCCAUUACUCCUGAAGAACUCUCAUAUUAGUUCUUAUUUGGUCUGUAUUUUGCAUUUCAUGGACAUUUAGUUGCUUUUACUAACAUAGAUUUUCACUGGAUUUAAUUAAAGCCGUUUAAGCCACAGUAACUUUUAUAUAAUCAUAUAAGGUAUAUUGUGAAGUAACCAUCUUGACAUCGAACUCUUGGCAUGCAGUAUCUUGCAUCUUGCCUAGAUUUUUAUUCAACACCAGACUGACAAAAUAGCAAUACAUUUGAAUAAAUGCUGGACUUAUUUUCACUGUGCAGUUUUGUUGUUGGUGAUAGUCAGGUUGGUUGAACUGUGAAAUGUUUCUCUAAGCUCUGACUUUGGACUUCAACAGGAAAUGUUGACCAUUGACUCCAAAGGAAACCA